UAAAAUACCGUUUAUCUGUUUAACGAGUGUGGAAAGCAGUGAUUAUGCAUCUUUAAAAGCUAUACAUAAAAGCUCUCCCUCAAUAAUUUACCGGUUUUCGCACAUUACACCAAAACGCCCACGCAUAGCUGCAAGUAAACACACAUACCUAUAUAAAUGUUUGUAUGCAUAUAACAUUUGAGCCCAUUGCACGCCAACCAAGCCCCCCAAUUUUGCAUAUCUUAAUUGAAUCAAGUACGGGCAUAACACGUCUGAUUAUCUACAAAUUUACAAUGUGCCACAAAGGCAGGAACCUGCGUGCAUACGCUUCAACGCAUAUCGCACCAUCUACGAGCGCAAACACAUACACAUACACAUCCGCACAUAAGCGCACACACACCCAUAUAUGAAUAAAGGCCUCCUACUACGCGUUCGCGUUUAUCUUAAAUCGGUUUAAGCGUUUUAUGUUCGCGUUAAUCGCUCCAUCGGUGCACGCAAUGCUGCAACAACAACAACAGUGAACGUGAAAAGCAACAAUAGCGUAAAAAAAAGUGCAAUAAGCAAGUGUUGUGUGCUCCUGCUCACCGGUAGUACUACCCAGUUCAGCCCCGCGAAUAUUUUGUAGUGCAAAUCAAUAGAGUUUUUGUGUGUGUUUAUAUGUGUGCGCAACGGUAACCACUACUUUUAAAGAUUCCUCCGUUUGCCGCUGCUUUUAAAUGCAUAGCGCGAGGAUAUAAAUUGUCACUCUUGCAGCGACACAGGGAUUACAUUGUGGAUUUCCGCGUGCCGAUGGGUUGGUUUCCAAUUGAACUCUACCACCAAUAGAGCACUUUGCAUACACCUCUCAUGUGAUAAAUUAACCCGUCAAUUACCGCUUAAGUGAAACUGGCAACAAUAUAAGAUUGCAAUCAACGCAAAGCUCUUUAUUAGCUGCGCGUAAAAGUUAACGGUAUAUAUUUGUUAGCAAAAUGUACGAGCCAACAACAAUAAGACAUUAGCCAGCAAUCAAUCAGGCUAAGCGAAAGCAAAGUGAAGGAGUAAACACAUACAUAUUUACACCUGUACAUAUGUAUAGGUGUACGCUAUGCAUGUAGCGCAGAAAUUGCCGUAAAGCAGCAAGCAAUUUUCCCACCGUCAUCUAGCGGCGCGUUAAAAAGCGCAAAGUGUUCGAGCGAAAAUGCCGCACCAUCAUCAUGUCGACUACAACCGGAAGUACUCCGCCCAGGAAACGAUACAGAUUUACACCGACUGGGCCAACUAUUAUCUCGAGCGUGCCAAAUCCAAAAAGAAAGUCACCGAUUUGUCAGCAGACUGUCGCGAUGGUCUGCUACUCGCGGAAGUCAUUGAAGCGGUGACGUCGUUUAAAGUGCCCGAUUUGGUGAAAAAGCCGAAAAAUCAGCAACAAAUGUAUGACAACGUUAACUCGUGCCUGAAUGUGUUGCGCACACAGGCGGUUUGUGGCUUAGAUAACAUCACAACCAAUGACAUCUGUGCUGGUCGUUUGAAAGCAGUCUUGGCGCUCUUUUUUGCGCUCAGCCGCUACAAACAACAAUCGAAACAACUGUCGACGAGCACAACGCCAAAUGCGAAUGUUGUAUUGGGCACAACAAAUACGACGACUAACAAUACAAACUCCGCUGCUACAACAAACAAUACACCGGCUACAGGCGCGACGACUGGCGCCAGUAAUCAGCAUCAACAAAACCAUCAACAGCAGCAGCACCUGCAGAACGGCAAUGAAACCAUGUUGAAUAGACAAAUACCCACCGCUUACUCCAAGGCCAAUGGUGGCACUGCCAUACCGCUUCCCGCCACUGUUAUGGUGCAACGCCGCUGCCCACCGGACAAAGUACGACCACUGCCACCGACACCCAAUCACACGCCAUCCAUACCCGGUUUAGGAAAAAGUGGCGUUGACUUUAAUAGCGGGCGGCCAAAUAGUCCACCAACCACUAAUCAUACCAUUCAAAGUCUGAAAACUGGCAAUAAUAAUGGCUUACGCCCACCAACGGCUAAAGCCACGCACGCCAGCGGUAUACCGCCACCGUGUGGCAUACCCGCCGCCGCCGGCAAUAUGGGACCAACGCUGCCACAGCAAAAGCACUCCAUGCUUGACAAGCUCAAGUUGUUCAAUAAAGAGAAGCAACAACAACAGAACGCAGCUAAUGCCGCCUCCACCAAGAUGCAGGUGCAAUCGAAGCGCACUUCCUCAUCGUCGGGUUUCUCAUCGGCGCGCUCCGAACGCUCGGACUCUUCGCUGAGCCUCAACGAUGGACACAUAUCACAAAUCAAGCCACCAGCCGUCAGUGUAACGUCUGGCAAGAGCAAAAUCAAUACCAAACAAUCCAAGCUGAUGGCGGCGCAACUGAAGAAAGAGCAGACAAAAGUCAGCAAGCUGGACAAGAAGGAAAAGAGUCCAGCGCGCUCGCUAAAUAAGGAGGACUUCAGUGGUGAGAGCCGUAACUCAACAAUGGGACGUGCGAAGAACUCUUUGCCGCGUGUUAGCGAAAAGAACUCGAUCAAAUCUUCCUCCAAGGGCUCACUGAAUUCCAAGUCAGACUCAAAGUCCUCAUUGAUAGUGCCGCCCACGAAGGGGCUUUGCAGUCCCAAUGGCUCCAACACCGGUCUACCCAAACCAAUUGCCGCCAUAAAAGGCACUAGUAAAUUGCUGCAAUCGCCUUUGGGUGGCGUUGCUGGCAGCGGUGACAAUCGUGUCCGUGGCAUGAGCAACUCAAAUUCGCAGCAGGAGAUGAUGAAGCGUGAAAAGAGUGACAUAUCAAGCAUGCAUACAAACAUAUCUAGUGAGACCGCUAAAGCGAAAGAACUAACACAACAGCAACAACAGCAUCAGCAGCAACAACAUCAACCACAUAUCGUGAAACCGGUGCCGAUACUACCGGAGCCCGGCAGCAAGCCACCAUAUUACGCUAACGCCACAAACAUAUCACAGCAACAGCAACACCAACUGCAGCUACAACAACAACGCCAGCAGCAAUAUCAACAGCAACAGCAAGUUUAUUACAAUCAGCAGCAGCAGCAACAACAACAAGACCAUGCCACAUAUGUGAACAACAGUCGUCUGCUACCGCCAAAAUCCGCAACAUCACCUUCCGGCAACGCGCCAACUGCGCGCAAACUUGAAUACAACGCCGGUCCCGGUAUACUCGCGUCGCCACAGCGCUCACCACUACGCGGUCACGCACAAUCACCUGACUCGCCGUCCGCACAUCAACACCAUCACGCGCACGCCAACGCCAAGUUCCACACAAUACCCUCCAGAAUAGACACAAUCUAUGAGGAGAAGAAACCGACAAGUCUGCUGCCGAUGCCACCGUUACUGCGUGGCUACAAUUCGCAUGUGACACUGCCAACUCGCGGUGUACGCGGCGGUGGCACGCGCAAUUAUGUGACCGAUUUCAUGGAAGCGGAAAUAAAUCAAGGUUACUGCAGCGAUGGCGAUUCGUUGAGAGUGAGCGCCUCAGCACGCCUAGCACAACGCGCAGCCGCAACAGCGAGACGCUAUCACGACAUAGAUAACGGUUAUUUGUCGGAAGGCAGUGGCAGUGUGGGACAUCAUGGCAUGCUCAUGGCUGGCGGUAUUAGCUCGGCAGCACAUACCAAGCACUUCUUGAGCAUGAUGCGCGCGAGAACCCAACUGCCGACGACCAUCGAAGAACGCAUACGCAACAGCCGUGGCAGUCUCGAUAGCAUCGGCACCGCACCCCCUUCAUCGGCUGCCUCACAGGCCAGCUCAAGCGGUGGCUCGAACCCUAAAAUGGACAGCAACAGUGGAGGCGGUGGAGGCGGCGGUUCUGGUAACACCAGCGCCAACGCAAGUCCACAACAUCACACACAUGCUCAGCACGCGCAACACAUGCAGCAGCACCAUUCCGCCGGUGUGGUGGGCGUACAUCGCUCGAACUCACGAAAUGGGCGUGACAACUGGACGAAAAUGCCGGAGCCACUGAACGGACACAAUAAAGGUGAAAAAUCUGAAAAGUCAUCGCCGUCAAGGCGCAGUAUGGGCGGUGGCAGUGGUAGCUCUUCCAAACAAGGUUCACCAUCGGGCCGCACUAAGGGUGUACCGCCCAGUUUUGGCUAUGUUAAGCGUACGAAUGGGAGCGCCACAGCAACGGCGGAGCAACAGAAUAUCGCAAUGAUGGGCGCAGCCUUGAUGAACGCAGGCGGUGGUCAGCCAAAUGGCGGUGGUGGUUCGCCGGGUGGCAUGUGUGGCGGCGUGGGGCGUACAGCACACGUUUCAGCAGUGCCGCGUACUGCCACCGGUGCGGGAGGACGGAAAGUAUCCGGCGGAACUCAGACGUUGCCCAAUGAUAUGACAAAACUUCUUCCCAACACUCAACAUCGUAGCUUUUCUUUAACUGGUCCCGGCGCAACACAGCUCAGCCAAUCAAUUCGCGAACGCCUCGCUACUGGAUCGCACAGUUUACCCAAGCCGGGCACAGACCUACAUCUAUUUCAACAAAGAAUAUCAAAUCGUCCUGGCAAAAUGAUCGAUGGCUCACUCUCGGACACGCAAACCUACGCCGAAGUCAAGCCCGAGUACAGCACAUACGCCAUGUGGCUGAAGCACAGCAACACGGCGGGCAGUCGUCUAUCCGAGGGCGAUUCGCUGGAGAAUAUGCAAAUCGGUUCGCCGGCCAUGUCACGCCACAGCCAUAAAAUGUUGCAACAUCGGAAUGCUGCCGCAGCCGUUGCAGCAGCGGCGGCAGCUGCAGCCGCACAGGGUAGUGGCAUGCAGCAAGCGGGCGGCGCUGGUGGUGGCGGUGGUGUUGUGGUGGCUACCGGUGCGGGCAAUGAGUCGCCAUAUGUGCAGAGCCCACGACUGAAUCGCAGCAACAGCAUUAGCUACUUGAAAGAACGGACAUAUCCAAGAUCCACCAAAUCGGAAAAAAUGUACCCUUCAAUGCUGAGUCGCGGCCCCGAUGUCGAAAUCGAGCCCUACUACUGCCUGCCUGUAGGCACAAUAACCGCACAAAAUGGCUCGUUGGCCGCGCAAAUGGCCGCUGCAGCAGCGGCAGCAAUGUCACAGGUGACUGGACAGCCAACAGCGGGUGCUGGCGGCGCUCCCGUGGCCUGGAGUCAACCGACUUCACCCACACCCAUUAGUCGCGGCUUCGGUGGCACACUCUCACCGACUCAUCCAGCCGGCAUGACUGGUCUGGUUGGCUUGGUGGGUGCGCCGGGCAGCGUCAACGCCAAUGUGGCAGGUCACCGUCUCACAUAUCCUAAGAAGAAUGAUGAUGUGCAUGGCAGCGCUGCAUCAUUGCUCUCCGGUGGCAGUUCGCUGUACGGUUCAGCUGAGGAGCGUCAAGCGAACGAGAUACGUCGCUUGAAGCGUGAAUUAUUGGAUGCGCGCGAACAGGUGCUGAGCUUGAGCAGUCAACUGUCAACAAAUGCUCAUGUGGUCGCCGCUUUUGAGCAAUCGCUCUCCAACAUGACGUCACGCCUGCAACAUCUGACUGCGACCGCCGAGCGCAAGGAUGGCGAGCUAACCGACAUGCGGCAAACAAUCGAGCUGCUGCGCAAGCAGUCCAUACAAGCAGGUCUUACUUCGGCGCAUAUGCAAAGUAUGGGCGUGCAGACGCAACAACAUGAACAACAGCAGCAACAACUCGGCCGCACCGCCAUCACCCAGCAGCCGAUGUCAAAUCAAAAUGGCAUUACUAAUGGCACAGCCUCAUCGACGCCAUCAUCUACUGCAACCGGUAUUAUGCAACGUCACCACAGCUCCGAUUCGAUGUGCUCUUUGAAUUCGAUCAGUUCCGGCUGUUCGGCGCAGGAUAAGAAGCAGAAGAAGAAGGGUUGGUUACGUAGCUCCUUCACGAAAGCAUUCUCACGCAAUGCCAAAAUAUCAAAGACUAGUCGGCACGCCGGUCAUCAUCAUGUCGGCGCAGCCGGCAGCACUGCCAAUAAUGUCGGUGGUCAAGUAAUGCAUGGCUUACAUGGCGACAACAGCACAGUUUAUAAUAAAGUUAAUGGUCAUAGCCACGCCGAUGCCGUUGUUGGUUUGGCUGCUUUGGCUACACAGCCUGCACCGCCUCUACCCGCAGCCAAUGUCUCGCCGACAAAAGGCAGUCCGGCAAAAACUGUAACAUUGAUAGAUAAUGCGAAACCGAUCGACGCAAUCGAUCAGGAGGAUCAUCAGGUAGUGGAAGACCUGAAGAAGCAAUUACGUGAGAAGGACUUAGUGUUAACCGAUAUUCGUUUGGAGGCGCUCAGUUCAGCAUCACAAUUGGAGAGUCUCAAGGAGACAGUAAAUAAAAUGCGUGCCGAGAUGAUGUCGCUAAAACAAAAUAAUGAGCGCUUGCAAAAGCUGGUAACUAGCCGUUCAUUGGCGGGCUCAGAGGCUUCGUUAGGUAAUGCCAUUAGUCCAAACGGUUCCAUUGGUGAGUCACGACGUUACUCGUUAGCCGAUGGCAAUGCGCGGCCACCAAUGGAGUUGCCGAAACGUUUGGAAGAGGAAGUCGAAGAGGAGAACAUACCGCCGGCGCCAGCACCUGAACCACCACCGCCGCCACUAAGUCCCUCCACACAUAUCGAUCUUACGCCACCGCCUCCCGCACUCGACACCAUGCCCAGCCCAGCGCAUAUUGCAUCCGCUGCGGUUGAAGAGCUGCCCGAUGUGACUGAUGGCAAAAAGAUCGCAAUCGCUUGUUAUCUGGGACAGCCAGAGUCAUUUGUUAAGUACUGCGAAGAGAUGCUUGAGGCAGAUGAGUUCUAUGCAAAUGGCGUCGAUGCGGAUGGCAAUGAACGUAAGUCCUUUCCGACAGCAAGUUUAAACGAAUUUGUCGUCGCCUAUACAUACAUCUCGGGCAAGACCACCUGGCAGAAUUUAGACUAUAUUGUGCGCAAGACUUUCAAGGAUUACGUGUCGCGCAUCGAUCCCGGCACCAAUUUAGGUUUGAAUACAGACUCAAUAACAUCCUAUCAUUUAGGUGAAGCAAAGCGUGGCCCGGAAAUGGGCUUUCCCGAAUUGUUGCCUUGCGGUUACAUAAUCGGCAAUGUACGCACGCUGUAUAUCUGUCUGCAAGGUGUGGGUAGUCUCGCCUUCGAUAGCUUGAUACCGCGCAGCAUUGUUCACCGCUACAUUAGCUUGCUGACCGAGCAUCGACGUUUGAUUCUGUGCGGCCCUAGUGGAACAGGCAAAUCCUAUUUGGCGCGCAGGUUAGCGGAGUUUCUGGUAGCGCGCACCGGACGUGGCAAUCCCUCCGAAGCAAUUGCGACAUUCAAUGUCGAUCAUAAGUCUUCUAAGGAGCUGCGACAAUAUUUAGGCCAUAUAGCCGAACAGGCAGCCAUUGCGAAUGGCGCUUCCGAAUUACCAUCUGUGAUCAUAUUGGAUAAUCUACAUCACGCUUCAGCUUUGGGUGAUGUUUUUUCGUGCUUGCUAAGCGCGGGUCCCGCCGGAAAGUUGCCCUGCAUAAUUGGCACCAUGUCGCAGGCCACUUGCAAUACAACCAAUCUGCAAUUACAUCACAAUUUCCGUUGGGUACUCACUGCCAACCACAUGGAACCGGUAAAAGGCUUCCUCGGUCGCUUUUUGCGUCGCCGUCUUUUCCAACUUGAACUACAGACUGGCCAUCCACAGCCUGAACUGGCCACUGUGCUGGCAUGGUUGCCAAGCGUUUGGCAACACAUAAAUCGCUUCUUGGAAGCGCAUAGCUCCAGUGAUGUAACCAUCGGGCCGCGCCUCUUCCUCGCCUGUCCAUUAGACUUGAAGGACUCACAGGUGUGGUUUACCGACAUCUGGAACUAUCACUUAUCACCAUAUCUGGUAGAGGCGGUGCGCGAGGGCGUACAAUUGUAUGGACGACGUGGUGGCGCCUGGAAUGAUCCAUCGAUUUUCAUACGCAACUCAUAUCCAUGGCCAUAUGGACCCGAUUCAGUACCACCGCUGCGUCAAAUCAAUGCAGAAGAUGUCGGACUGGAAGGUGUGGCGGCCAGCAAUGGCGACAACCCGGAUCCACUAUUGAAUAUGCUUAUGCGUCUACAAGAGGCUGCGAAUUACUCCGAAAACCAAGAGCAGGAGUCUGAUUGUGCGAGUUUAGACUCGAACGUUACACCCGACAGCUCGGCGGGCGCUGAGUAAAUGCCAGUUUAGUGACGCGGCAGUGCAGUUAGCGUCGCCAAUGGACUUUCGAGUCCUUAGUAAACUAAUCAAACACUAAAUACCUACUUACCUAACUAUAUACAAACAUUAUACAUACAUAUUCGCUAAAAAUCAAACAUUCAUAUGCAUGGCUUUGUAUAUUUGUAAGUAUAUUUAUGUGCGUAUUGGAUAUUUUGUAAAUUAUGAAGUUUAACGCGACUUUUGUUUAGGGAAUGCAACACUGAUUUUAACUGCAAUCUAGGUAUACAUAACUACAUACAUAUGUAUGUUUAUGAUUUAUAUAUUAUAUAUGCGUGUGUAAUUUAUAAACUAGUGUAAAAAUCAAAUAAUUGCCAAGUGCUGAGCUCAAUUUUAGGGCACUGAAAUGUGAACAAGAAUUUUACUUUUUUAUUUUUAUUUUUUUUCUAUUUAUAUUUUUUAAUUCUUAUUUUUUUUUAUU